AUGGCACUAUCGUUAGACGGCAAUUGCCCUGCUGGCAAAUUUCACAUACCCGAUACGGGCCGCAUCGAAGAUCCCUCAGUACUCGUCAGCGUCAUUGUUCCCGCCUACAACGAGCAGGACAGGAUAUCGGCUGCUCUUGAAGAAGCCGUCGAGUACCUUGACAGCACCUUUGGUCGGCCCGGCGACAAGGCGGCCGCUGACAAGACCGCUGCUCUGCCUGGAACGCGCAAGAGACCAGCCCGCGGCGGCGGGCCCUUCCCAAGGGACCGUACUGUUGACGUAGUGCUGGAACUAUCGAAAAAGCACAAACUUCACGACGUGGUGCGUGUCGUAACGUUGGAAAAGAACCGCGGCAAGGGCGGUGCCGUUACUCAUGGCUUCAGACACGCACGUGGAGAAUAUGUUUUAUUCGCCGAUGCAGACGGUGCAUCCAAGUUUAGCGAUCUGGGCCGGUUGAUUGAGGGCUGCGAAGAGGUUGCGGAUGGCUCUCAUCGCGGAGUCUCUGUCGGCAGUCGUGCGCAUCUCGUCGGGAGUGAGGCAGUCGUCAAGCGAUCUGCUCUCCGCAACUUCCUUAUGCGCGGGUUCCAUUUUGUUCUCAUGAUCCUUACCCCUCCCGCGACCUCUCGAAUCAAGGACACGCAGUGCGGAUUCAAGCUGUUUUCCCGCGCCGCCCUUCCCCACAUCAUCCCUUACAUGCACGCGGAAGGAUGGAUUUUCGACGUGGAGAUGCUUAUGCUCGCUGAGUCGGCUCCUGCUACACCCGUGCUUGGUUCCGAUGGUAGUGUUAUAGGUACGACCGCCGGCAUCAAGGUGGCGGAGGUUCCCAUUGCGUGGCAUGAAGUGGACGGCUCCAAGAUGAGCCUCGCAAGAGACAGCAUUGCCAUGGCGCUAGGAUUGGCCGUUCUAAGGGCAAGCUGGAUGAUGGGCGUGUACCGACGGAGGAUGACAUGA